AGGCGUUUCCAUGGGCCCCAGACAGACAUCUUUCUUUUAUCCAGAAGUACAACUAUGCCUACGCUUGGAUACAGAAAAGCUUCUAAACGAGGAUAUCACAUAUGCUGCUAUGACUGUGUGCCAUGUUCUGAGGGUGAAAUGUCCAACACAACAGACAGUGAAAUCUGCCAUAAAUGUCCUAAUGAAGAAUGGUCUGAUGAGAAGAAAGAGAAAUGUGUUCCCAGAAUAUACGAGUUUCUGUCUUACAAGGACGAUAUAUCUUUAAUAUUUUUAGGAUUAGUUUUAUUUUUUUCUUCUAUAACACUGUUCACAUUGGGAACCUUCAUUUAUCACUGGGACUCUCCAAUUGUUAAAGCCAAUAACCGGACUGUGAGCCUCAUCCUCCUGGUCUCCAUCUUGUUUGGCUUCCUCAGUGUCUUCUUCUUCCUUGAUCGUCCUGUGGACAUAACCUGCUUGCUGAGACAGACAUCAUUUGGAACUUUCUUCUCCAUUGGUGCUUCUUGUGUUCUUGCUAAGACUAUCACAGUCUGCAUCGCUUUCAAAGCCUCAAAACCUGGAAAUAUCUGGGGAAAGUGGCUCACAGGGAAUGCGUCAUAUUAUAUAAUCUUCAUAUGUUCUUCUGUACAAGUUCUCAUUUGUGUUGUUUGGCUGUUGGUGUCACCUCCUUACGUAGAAUUUGACCAUCGCUCUUAUCCUGGGAAGAUCAUCAUUCAGUGUAAUGAAGGGUCUGACUUGGCCUUUUACCUCAUGUUGGGUUAUAUGGGGUUUCUGACAGCUGUGAGUUUUGUUGUGGCCUUUAUGGUGAGGACAUUACCUGAUAUCUAUAAUGAAGCCAAGUACAUCACCUUCAGCAUGCUGGUGUUCUGCAGUGUCUGGAUUGCCAUGAUUCCGGCUUAUUUGAGCACCAGAGGGAAAUUCAUGGUAGUUGUAGAGAUAUUUGCCAUACUGACCUCAUGUGCUGGUAUUCUUGGUUGUAUAUUUCUACCAAAGAUGCAUAUUAUCCUUUUAAAACCUAACUUAAACCUUAGAAAAACUAUUAUUGGAAGAAACAUGAUAUAGUGUAAUACAUGGUGCAUAUUAGUAUCUGUUCAUCUAGUUUAAUGUAUUUUUGACAUUUUUUUUUACCUCAGCAUUUGUUUUAUUCUUAUAACUUAGAAUAACCUUAAAGUGUACCUGUCGUUAACCAAAAUAUUUGA